AUGCAUUAUUUGGAUCUGGCCGAAACCCCUGAAGCGAACGAGUUACUUCGCAAAACUGGACGCCUUACCAGAGAUCGUCUUAAAACGAUCAUUGACGAAUUAGAAGAGAUGAUUGAUGACUGCUCCAUGAGGGUCGACGGCAUGACGAUUGCCACGCAAUGGUCCCAAGGCGACACCACGGUUGAGAUAGCCUCAGCUGCCGGACGAGACUCUAGUCAGAUGCGCUCGAUUUCUCUUGUCACGAUGAUCUUCCUGCCCGGCACAUUCCUUGCGAUGAGCUUUUAUUCUUCAUUUUUUUUUCUUUUUCAUUUUCUUACGGUCUUCUCAAUGACAUUCUUCCGGUGGGACUCCGAAGACGGCAACGUGGUACCCUCGAAUAUCUGGAUCUACGUCUUCAUUGUGGCUGCCUUCACUGCUGUGACUGUCUUUCUAUGGUGGUACUUCCUCGUAUACCGCGCUUCCAAGAGCCCUGGCACUUGGACAGACCCAUUCAAGGAACUUGGUGGUAGGGUAAUGGUGUUAGAAAGGAUAAUAUGUGGUCGACCGCGCAGCAAGAUGGGGUCGGAGUUGGAAGAGGCCUGAGCUACCAUGCCCACCAACCCCUGAAAACGUGGGAGACUCGGCUGGAGAGCACUACUGAAGCACAGAUAUUAUCGUAGGGGUAAUCAGCAUGUUUGCGUCAGCACUUUUAUCCUACACUAGGGCUCCUUACAACGUGGUUCGGUCGAAGGGUUUAACCUCCUCCAACUUACACAGACACGACCCCGCCCGGAAUAAUACAACACAUCAUGAUACGCAAGCGCCUUCCCAUAUAAGGGAACGGUUAAUUAACUUUCCCAACAAAUAGAUCGAUAUAGUGCCGGCAAACCUUCGCCGCCACCUUCGUCGCACGUUGCAUAGUUGAGCGAUAUCUUGCUAGACUCAAUGUCAGCCAAUACGAUGUCGAGAAUACCCAUAGCAGUUUUGCCUGGGGAAAAGGAAGAGCUUAUAUCAGU